UCACCACCGUCAUCGGUGGUGGCGCAGAGCGGAUUAUCGAUAGCUUGUUGUUUCUCAUUUAGGUGGCGUAUUUUGGUUGAAAAACAGUGCUUCUGGGUGCUCCAACGAUGAUACUCAUUGCAAUGCUUUUGCUUGGCCUGAUCAUCUCGGGGGAGACCCAAACCGGUGAAGGAUGCCUAGGGUAUUCCUGUCGGACAUACAACGAAAUCAACACUCUCUGGUGCCACUCGGAUCCGACCUACUUCUGCCAGUGCCGUCCAACUGCGGAGGGAACCUGGAUCGAACAGGAAAUGCCUUGCCCACGAGCCGAAACCUAUUUCAGCUUCAAGUACCAGGCAUGCGUCCGGCAGGAAAUGUGGACCCCUGAUGAAUGCGAGAAGCUAGGGGGUUCGGGCGAGGAUGUGCCAAACCCAGAAGACCCAAGUGAUCUAUGUGCUAAUCCUUGCGAUUCUUAUGAAAACAUUCACAGACUGUGGUGCUAUCCGGACGAGCCGAACGCGUUCUGCCAGUGUAAACCAACACGGGAGGAAGGAUUAUUCGUGGCAGUAAGAAUGCCGUGUGCCCUUGAAACGGUGUUCAGUUUCCAACGACAGACUUGUAUGCACAACAUUCAGUGGACCGAUAGUUGUCCGGAUUGAGCGAUGCAAACGAAGAAGAAAAAAAACAAACGAACAAAUGGUUUGAAUUGUUACGUGGAAUCGUUACGAAGCGAAUGAAUAAGAGAAACCAAUUUCGAC